CCACCAGCACAUGGCCACACCUGUAAUUACCAGGCAACUCUCCGCAUCCAGGGAGAGAUUGAACGCGCACGCGACUCGACCUGACCACGUAUCGUGUGCAAUGGCGGUUCUCAAGAUCUGAUAUUGUUGUUUCAAGGCCACAGCGAUUCAUGUGUCGAACGAAGGGCCAACCGGCGGAUCGAAUCGAAUGCAAAGACUGGCACAGUUGACAAGAGCGUCGAGAGCGUCAAGCGUGGACGGCAAAUGGCCGGGCCAUCCACCAUGCUGAGCUCUUCGGCGACGCCCACCCAGAGGUCCUAUGUCCCGCCCCAGCAGCAACAGCAGCAGCUACAACAACAGCAAUCCGGAACCCUUGCGCCUUCGCGACCAAGCUUCGAGCGCGAUGGUCUGCAGCCCCCUGCUCCCAAUGGGGGCCGCAAUCUCUCCGCCUCGGCCGUGAGCUUUGCCUCGCGCGGGCCGUCGCUCAACCCGUCGCUCAACCCGUCGCCCCUGCCAGGCAGCUUCAGCUCCGAUCUCCGCAGUCAGAUGAACCUCUCCCGUGCCGGCUCACGACUCGACAUGUUUCCGGCCCUUGAAAAGCUGGACGAGGACGAUAGCCCGACCCAUGAGAAGAUGCUCGCACACCUGCGCGACGCUCUCAGCCGUGAGAUGAAGAUCAAGGAGGGCAGCGAAAAUAUGUUGGAAGCGCUAAACUCUAAGAAGGCAAAGCAAACCAAGGAGCAGCGGCAGAGGGUCGAGGCCGAGCUGAACUCUUCCAACCUGCGCAUCAAGGAGCUGCGCCAGAAGAUCACAGACGCCCAGCGCGUGAGGGCAGCGCCAACGACACCGACGAGGACAAGGGCAGACGGCCUGUUCCCCGGCGCCAAUGGCUUGCGCUCUCCUCCCAGCGCUUCCCGCAGCGGAGCAGGGUCCGAUAUGGACGAGCCUGCCGAGUCACCAACCUUUGCCCUCACCGAACUUCUGCAGGCCCUGGAAUUGGCUGGCAUGGCCCCGGACUACUACGUUUCGAGGGCAAACAGUCUGGUCGACCUCUUCAAGCGCCACCCCACGCUCAAGUAUGACUUGGUGUGGUCCGUGUUUGGUCUCCGGAUGCAAGCCAUGCUCUUGAGUGAGAGCCGCGAGGUUGUUGCCGCAGGGUACAGGAUGAUACGAUACGCCAUUUCGGAUAUCAACUCUCUCCGAAAUAUCCGUUCCCUCAACACUGAUUAUCUCGUCACCUGGUCCCUGAUCAAGGACCGCAAAUCAGACGUCGAACGUGAGCAGGCCCUUAAAUUCGUGCGCGCCUUUCUUGAUGUCAAAGAUGGUGUCCGCGAGAUAUCAAGAGCCGUCGUCCGCUCGAUAGCUGCGGCGGCAGAGGAACCCGAGGAGAGACUGCGACCCAUCUGCAUUGAGACUUUGGCUGAGAUUCUGGUCCGCGACCCCCAGCUGUUGAUCGCUUCCGGGGGCAUGGCUGCUCUACACGAAGCGCUGGCAGAUGGCUCAUACAAGGCGUCAGAAAGCCUAACGGCUGCCUUCCUCUACCUUCUGGACACGCCGGAUCGGCGCAAAUACCUGCGUCCUGGAAACGAGUUGGAGAUUCUCUUUACCGCCUUUACCGACGAGCUGUCGUCCAACGAGCGGUUUCUGAAGCAAAGCAUCAAAGCUGUGGCUUCGGCCUUGAGGACAUGGUCCGGGCUUAUGAGCUUGGCCAUGUACAAUUUCCGUGCCAUCAAGUCCAUGAUAACCAGCAUGGUCGUGCAAACCGGGCCCAUCCGGGACUCAAUCAUGGAUCUCAUCUUCUCCCUUCUUCGGAUUAAGCCCCCAGCCUGGGCAACCUCGUUCCUGGCCGGCCGGCGACUCACCACGUACGGGCGAGUUGCAAACCUCAAGUCAACGACUGGCAAGGGCUCUCAGCCAGAAUUGGAAGAAGAUGGGGGGGAACAAAACUUCGUUGAGCACUACACCGCGCUCCUGCUUGCCGUUUUUAUCAAGUCGGGUGUUUUGCCGGCACUCCUCAAGCUCACCCAGGACAACGAGAGCCCAACGAUGAAGCGAAAGUCCACUUUGUUGAUAGGAGAGGUACUAAAGCUGUCGAGUCAUUUGCUUCCGCCCUCUUGGAGCGGCGAGCUGCAGCUGCUCCCAGAUUUAUUCAUUUCUGCGGCCAGGCUCAGAGACGAAAACCACUUCUCUGCCACCGGCGUGGUCUACCAGAUCAGCAGCGUCAGCAAGACGUUGUACAGAUCGUCGCCGUCAGGCUACCUCCCUUCGGCCCACCAGAAUAUGGAUCAAGGUGCCCUCGACGAGCACCCAAAAGCCAACACGGCCGUCAGCUUUGACGAAGGGACGUUUCGCCAGCUCAUCCUCGAGUCAAACGUACUCAGCAGUUCCAACUACAACAAGUGGAAUUGGGAUGUGAUCCUCAGGCUCAUCGAAGGACCGCUGACUAGCGGAAAAAGGCUGGAAGAGGCCAUCAAGGCGUCCAAGUUCAUUAAACGGAUCAUGAGCUUCUACCGCCCAUUCAAGUACAAGUUCUCGGAAAUAAAGAGUUCAAGAAACACGCAGAAGUACGUGCGGACGGGGUGUGCCCUGAUGCACGCGCUACUUCAAAGCCCCGAGGGCGUUAAGUAUUUGUCCGACAACAAGCUGCUGCGCCAGAUUGCCGAGUGCCUGGCUCAGUGCGACCCGACGAGCGGGCUGACGGCUCAGGACCCUAUGUUCUCCAAGGACCGUCUCGCCGACACCCUUUGCGGCGGGUACUUUCCGAUGCUCGGCAUCCUAAGCGGGGAUGCAAAGGGAAUGCAAAUGCUAGACAGAUGGCGCAUCUUCAACAUGAUGUACCGCAUUCUCGAUCUGAAACAGCGGCCGGAUCUCAUCAAGCUCAUGCUCGCCAAUUUCGACUACUCCCUCCAGGGUCACCCUAGAGUGCUUUUAUCGAAGGCCUUGACGGCUGGGACGAAGGACAUCAGAAUCUAUGCGACAAACGCCGUGAGGAAGUUUGCCACGCACCCACGGAUGGGUGCUCAGGGCCAGGAGGCCAGCGACUCAAAGUGGGCCAUCCAACUGCUUGUGACGCAGCUGUACGAUCCUGAUGUUGAAGUGUGUGCAACCGCCGUCAAGAUACUCGAGAAGGCGUGCAACACAAAGAACCAUCUCGAGUACAUUGUCGAAUGCCGGCCGGCGCUGGAUCACCUGGGCGAGAUAGGCGCUCCUCUGCUCCUGCGCUUCCUUUCGACGUCGAUUGGCUAUCACUAUCUUGACGGGCUGGACUACAUCAGCAACGAGAUGGACGACUGGUUUCUGGGUCGGAACGACUCCUACGUCAGUGUCAUCGAGGCCAGUCUAGCACGCUCGUUCAUGGAGCAACAAGACGACCACACGAACCGGAGCAGCGUCUUUGACGACGAGCAGGAGAUGGAGGCCGACAGCCACGUGCCGCCGCACUUCUACCGGGAGCUCACCCGCACCGAAGAAGGGUGCAAGCUACUCAGCGACAAGGGCCACUUUGACGAAUUCGCCGCCACCAUCCGCGAGUACGGCAUGCAGUCAGACGAUCCGGAAAUGAUGGUCAAGGUCAAAGGGUGUCUCUGGGCGGUAGGCAACGUCGGAUCCAUGGAGCUCGGCGCGCCGUUUCUGGAGUCGUGUGACGUGGUGGAGCAGAUCGUCAAGAUUGCCCAGAGCCACGAGGUCAUGAGCCUGCGGGGGACCGCGUUUUUUGUGCUCGGCCUCAUCUCGCGUUCCAUCCACGGCCUCGAGAUCCUCUCGGAAAACGGCUGGGACGCGAACACAAACAUCCUAGGCCACUCCCUGGGUCUGUGCAUCCCCUCGGACCUCGGACAGCUAUUCUCCCUCCAGCCUUGGCAACACACCCCCGUGACCGCCAUCGAACUGCCCGACAGCCAAAAGACGGAGACGGCCAAGCUACCGACUAUGCCCUCGCGCCCGCGCUCCGAGUCGCUCAUCAAAGCCCUGCAGGAAGCUGAAGAAGAAAACGCCGGCGGCGGCACAUCAUCAGACGGCUACAGCGGCCCAUCACGCGUCGAACGAGUUCAAUUGGACCCGGACCCUACCAACCACCGCAUUCUGGAACUGGUCGUCGACAUGUCCAACAUGGUAUUGUACCGGCGGGCGCGCAACGAGCUGAUGCAGAUUAAGACGCAGAAGAAGGCGGCCGGAUUCGCGCAGCCGAGGCUUUUCCGAAAGGUCAUGUCGCUGUUGGAGUGUCAUCAUUAUAGGCUGGCGGAUCGGAACAUGAUUGUGGGGUUGUUUGAUAAGAAUGUUUUGAGGGCGGUGGUGUAUGGGGAAGACGAGAGUUCGGCGAGUGAAGAUGGGAGUGAGGAGGAGGAAAGUGGGGAGGAGGAGGAGGAGGGACGGCAGGGGUUGGCUGUGCGUGGUGUGAGGGAGGAGAAAAGUGAGAGUGAGGAGGAUGAGGAUGAGGAUGGCGGCGACGACCACCACCACCACAAUCACGCCCACGACAAUGAUGAUGAGGACGAGGAAGAGGAGGACGAGGAGGACGAAGACGAUGGGGACCAGGAUGGGGAGAGCUCCAGCGAUGAGCAGCGGACGGAGCGGCAGAGGAGUGUGAGCGACCCGGCGGAUGUCAAGAGGCGCGGGGUGAUACGAGGUUUUGGUCGGUAGCGGUGCAACGACCGUCAUGAUAUGGUUUCCUCUCGUUCUUUGGGUAUUCAUGACAGGUGGUGUGUAGCACGGAGUUGCAGCUUGAGGCACGAGCCGGUGUUGGUUGUAUUUCUACAAAAAUGGGAGGCAGCUUGGGGGAAGUGUCCAUGGGCAGCAGGGCGGUCAUGGUUAUGGGGGCUUGCAUAUAGGGGCUGGUGGCCGGGUUUGGUUGUUGAGGCGUUUCAAACAGCUCAUUUCGCCGGGGAUUUCGCGUGGAUCUGUAUACUACUGAAGCUCCCCGUCGAGGCCAGGAGGUGGGAUGCUCAAUUGGAGGCUUUAUUAAAGCGAUUGAAAGUGACCGUCCCGUUCGCAAAGGUUACUUGGUU